UCAAUUCUCUGAAAUGUUGAUUGAUAAUUUAUUGAAUUAUUGUUCACGUUACAAUAAACAAUACAAGUUACACACACACAAAAAAAACACACACACGCACACAUAUUUCUUUUACAAUGUUUGUUGGUCAUAUGCAAUGUAAGGGGAAGGCCUCGAAGGAGCGCAGUAGCACAGAGUCAUCCAAUUAUCGCUCACUAAACUAUAGCGAAGAAGGCGAAAUCGAGUCGUCGCUGUCAACUAAGUUUUCGCGCACAUCGUUACUCAUAAACGACUAUAAGCAAUUUAUAGCGGCUCGUCGAAUUCAAGCAUUAUGGCGAGGCUAUCAUUUUCGGCAAAUGAGAAAAUCGCAUUGGCAAGCGGCUAUAACGAUUCAACGCUGGUGGCGAGGUUUUCAAGUGCGUAAUGCCAUGUUUAGUAAAAUCGAGCAGCGUCUUCAAAGGACCGUCAUAGAGCAUUAUGGUCGGGCGGCUACCAAGAUUCAGGCAUUGUUUAGAGGCUGGUGGAUAAGGCAGACAGUUCAUGAUAUGCAUAGUCUAAAACGAAUGCAAAUAUGUGCAGCUGAAGAGCUGAUUAAUUGUGUGGCCUUUAAGCUGCAUCAUCUGCUGCGAACCUUUGCCAUUCCCGGUGUCUAUUCUUUGCGCAAUUCCAACUGCCUAUCACGAGUAGAGAAACUGCUGGCAACCAUGACUUUUCGUUUUCUCAAUGAUCGAGUGCGAGGUCGACUCAAUAAGAGUCUAACACAGAAAGAGCAUCGGCGUCGCGAAUUUCAAAUGUCAAAAUAUAAUACCUCAGUUCCAUAUGCUGGACCCAAUUUUAAUAGGAACUGUUCACGGCCAUGUGAGGACUUUUUGAAAAUGGAUAAAGAUAUAGAUCGACGUAUGUACAAAAUUAUUGCAGAAUAUGAAAAGACUCUGGUAGAAGAACCAGUCGUGAAAUUAAAACAUAAAUUAAAGGAACGCAAUCAACGGAAAUUUCUCGAAAGGAUACUCGCCCGUCAAAAUAAGCACAAAAAGAGUUUUUGCGGUGAUGUCAUCGAGAGCAUGCGCAAAUGGAAACUCUGGGAUGGUCAACAACUACAAAUCGACAAAGAUCUUUUUCGCCAUCCGGAUAAUUUGGAAAACUUUAUCAUUGAAAUGGGCGAUUUAUGGGAUGAACUUGAACAAGCCAGCUGUCAUUGCAAAGUACCCAAGCCUGAUGAGCUUCUCUGUCAUUGAUUUGCCCAACGUUUUAGAUUGAUACUCGUAGACGAAAAUCUAAAUUUCUAGUAUAUUCUAGAUUAAGAUUGUUUUGGAUAUUUUAUUAGUUAACAAGACAUAAAUAAACUUCAAACAUGAUUACUGCUAGAGA